GUUUCACUUGGAAAAAAAAGUUUUACGGGUUCAGUUUGGGUAGAUGGAAAUCAACCCAUCAACAAACAAACAAGGACGACGAACGACAACAACAACAACAGACGGCAAAACUCUGAAACAAAUUGAAUCUUGAUCCAGCACUCACCGGCCCCGCCCAGAUCAGAUCUUUUCUCACCUAUAAAUCCACCCCUUCUCCGUCUCAUAAUCUCAUUGUCUCUUGCGAAGAUGGUUAACUUGGAAUGAGAAAGGAGAUGGUAGAGAGUGAUUUGAGUAGUGAAAAGGUUGAGUGCACGACAGACGGUUGUAAUCGUCAUAUUGAAACUCAAGGUUGUGGUCUUCAUAGAGACCCUUCAUUCUCACCCUGGGUUGAUGAGAGCGUCCAAUUUAAAUGCCAGUUAGAGGAUUCUGAUGCAAGCAUAGAAGACUCUGAUUUUGAGUUGCCUUUGCCUAACAAGGGUGACUUAGAAAACGGUUGUGUAGAAGCAGACAGCUACGGUAGAUUUCUAGACCAAAGUAUGCACUUAAACAAAGAUGCUGUCGUGGAAGAUGCUUCUGCGCAUUGUAGUGGAGAUGGCCACAAGAAGUAUGUGCCUUUUGAUCUUGAAACUGAAACUGUUAGGGACAUGAGCUCAUCAAAUAGUGUUGUUGAUGGAGCUAAUUCUGUUGGUAAUUGUGAAAAACUGGCUGUCCAUUCCAGAAGCUCUAUAUCAUCUGCUGAUCUGUUGAAAACAUUGUUCUUUAUACUAAUGUGGUAUACUUUCAGCACAUUUUUGACCCUGUACAACAAAACUCUUUUAGGAGAUCAUCUGGGGAAGUUCCCAGCUCCCUUGUUGAUGAAUACUAUCCACUUCACAAUGCAAGCUGUUCUGUCAAAGCUGAUUACAUGGCAUUGGUCUCAUAGGUUUAGACAAACUGUGCCUAUGUCAUGGAAUGAUUACUUCUAUAGAGUUGUUCCGACUGCUCUUUCAACAGCAUUGGAUGUAAACCUGAGCAACGCAUCCCUUGUUUUUAUUUCUGUUACAUUUGCCACAAUGUGUAAAUCUGCAGCUCCUAUAUUCCUCCUUCUGUUCGCUUUUGCAUUCAGGCUGGAGUCUCCAAGCAUUAGACUUUUAGGUAUUAUUGUAGUAAUCUCCAUUGGAGUUUUGUUAGCAGUUGCAAAGGAGACAGAGUUUGAGUUUUGGGGUUUUCUUUUUGUGACACUUGCUGCUGUUAUGUCUGGGUUUCGCUGGUGUAUGACUCAAAUUCUUCUGCAGAAAGAAGCCUCUGGUUUGAGAAAUCCACUUGUGUUGAUGAGCUACUUGACUCCAAUUAUGGCAGUGGUAACUGCUGCUCUUUCUCUGUUCUUUGAUCCAUGGCAUGAAUUUGGAAAGAACAAUUACUUCAAUAAUUCAUGGCAUGUUGCUCGAAGUUGCUUCUUGAUGCUCUUUGGUGGUACACUAGCCUUCUUUAUGGUUCUGACAGAAUACGUUCUUGUUUCAGUAACCAGUGCUGUUACAGUGACAAUAGCAGGUGUUGUUAAGGAGGCUGUUACAAUACUGGUUGCAGUAUUUUACUUCCAUGAUGAAUUUACCUGGCUGAAAGGAGUUGGACUCAUUACAAUCAUGGUUGGAGUCAGUUUAUUCAACUGGUACAAAUACCAAAAACUACUGAAGGGUCAACUAGAUACAAAUGAUGUGGCAAUGACACCCUCGACAAAUGUUGCUGCAAAGUAUGUCAUCCUUGAGGAGAUGGAUGAUGAAGAUGAUCAUCUUUGUGAGCUUAAAAAUCACACAAUACCAAUUUGAUCAACCUAGUAAGCUUCUCCUGUACUUUUGUCAGUAUCAUUUAAUCAACGAUUCAGCCUUUUUUGCAACUCCUGGCAAGCUGAAUCCUUUUCAUGCAUGGUUUUAAUGCUGAGAUUAUGGAAUUCUCAGCUGGUUGAGGAAGAUGUACUGUGCUAAGACAGUUGAAAUUAAGGUUUUCUUGGAGAUGUUUAAUGAUAAGGGAUUUGUGGUGUUAUACAUGUCAAGUUCUGUACUUGUAUUUUACCCUUAUGAUACCUGUGGCAAAGCUGGACUGCAAUUUCGCCCGCAUUUCUGCUCCUUGGUUCAAUAGUGCUUGUGCUUUAUUUUUACCUAACAUUCUUAAGAUACAGAAGAUGUAUUUUGCAACGGCAAAUUGUAGCACAGAUAAGAUUGGACUUGCUCCUAUACGUGUUGAAUUAUGUAAAUCACUGCAUGUGUAAAAUUCCAUUUGCACAUUUUUUUGAAGAGGAAAUAUACAUUGUAUCCUGCC